CAGAUGGAGGUACCUUUCCUCCAGUGGGUUAGCUUUGCCCAACAGAUAACAGGCACAUAACAGUUUUUCUCAACGAGUGCUUUCCGAGUGAACAAAUGAAAAGGAAGGAAGGAAAGAAGCAAAGAAAGAAGGAGAGAAGGAAGGACUUAACCGAUCCUGCCCCCCCACCCCCAGUCUGGAAGUUUUUCAAGCCCCUUGAAAGGAAGAACCAUCCAUUUCUGUGCACUUCAGCUUUAUGCUUCUGGCUCUGCAUUUUCUAUACAGAUGACAGCUAAGCCAAGGGACCCAUGAAGUGGUGGCGAAACCCAGUCUGGUCGCCACCCGUCCACCGAGGGCCAGAGAUCAGGAAAGGAAGAAGGGCAGCUUUACUUCCUCCCUCAGGAUGGAGUCUCACAGCCAUUCUGGAAAGAGCAGAAAAUCCACAAAAUUCCGGUCCAUCUCCCGGUCCCUGAUCCUGUGUAAUGCCAAGACCAGUGACGAUGGCUCAAGCCCCGAUGAGAGAUAUCCUGAUCCUUUUGAGAUUUCCCUGGGCCAGGGCAAGGAGGGACUUUUCCUCUCAUCUGUGCAGCUGGCAGACACGUCAGAGGCCGGGCCCGGCAGCGUUCCUGAUCUCACGCUGUCCUCCGAGGCCGCUCAACUGCAGGCAGCUGGGAGUGAUGGAGGCCAGAACUGUAGGAGGGUGUUCUUCAUGAAGGAAGCUUCUACACCUUCCUCUCGAGAAAAGUCCGGAAAACUGGAUGCACAAAGUAGUAACUUCCUGUUUCCCAAAGCCUGUCACCAAAGGACACGCAGCAACUCAACCAGUGUUAAUCCCUACUGCACAGGAGAGAUUGAUUUUCCAAUGACCAAGAAAUCGGCGGCUUCUGCAGACAGGCAGCCUUAUUCCCUCUGUAGCAACAGGAAGUCUCUCUCUCAACAACUGGACUGUGCAGCGGGAAAGGCUGUGGGCCCGUCGAGGCCAAUGCGGUCGCUCAGCACAGCUCAGCUCAUGCAGCCCUUGGGGAGCCUCCAGGCGUCCGUCAUCUCCAACAUCGUGCUGAUGAAGGGCCAGGCCAAGGGCCUGGGCUUCAGCAUCGUUGGAGGAAAGGACAGCAUUUAUGGCCCCAUUGGAAUUUACGUUAAAACCAUCUUUGCAGGGGGAGCGGCUGCAGCCGAUGGAAGGCUACAAGAAGGUGAUGAAAUUCUGGAACUCAACGGGGAAUCGAUGGCUGGACUCACACAUCAGGAUGCUUUGCAGAAGUUCAAGCAAGCCAAAAAGGGGCUCCUCACCCUCACGGUGAGGACCCGCCUGACGGUCCCCCACUCCCUGAGCAACCACCUGUCCCCCACACUGUGCCGCUCCCUGAGCUCCAGCACCUGUGUCACCAAGGACUGCAACUCCUUCAUCCUGGAAAGCCCUGAAGCGCCCGCCAGCAGCGCCAAGCCCAACUACAGGAUCCUGGUGGAGGUGUCCCUGAAGAAAGAGGCUGGCGUUGGGCUGGGAAUCGGCCUGUGCAGCGUCCCCUAUUUCCAGUGCAUCUCAGGCAUUUUCAUUCACACGCUCUCUCCGGGAUCCGUGGCGCAUCUGGACGGACGACUCCGGUGUGGCGAUGAACUUGUGGAAAUCAACGACUGCCCCGUGCACUGCAUGACGCUCAAUGAGGUCUACGCCAUCCUGAGUCACUGUAACCCGGGUCCCGUCCCCAUCAUGGUUAGCCGACAUCCGGACCCACAGGUCUCUGAACAGCAACUCAAAGAAGCUGUGGCCCAGGCUGUGGAGAAUGUCAAGUUUGGAAAGGAGAGGCAUCAGUGGAGUCUGGAAGGUGUCAAAAGGCUGGAGAGCAGCUGGCACGGGCGGCCGACCUUGGAGAAGGACCGGGAGAAGAACUCAGCUCCCCCGCAUCGCAGGGCUCAGAAGGUCAUGAUCCGCUCCAGCAGUGACAGCAGCUACAUGUCGGGGUCCCCCGGGGGCAGUCCCAGCAGUGGCGGAGAGCAGCCGCCCUCCGACUUGGAAGUCAGCACGCACAGCCCCAGCCUGCCCCUGGGGCCGGAGCCAGGGGUGCCUCCUAGGGCAUCAUCCAGGCCGCCCCAGGAGAGCCCGCCCCUCCCUGAGAGCCAGGGCGGCCACCCACCACUGAGACUGAAGAAAUCCUUCGAGAUUUUGGUGAGAAAGCCUACAUCCUCCAAGCCCAAGCCUCCACCCAGAAAAUACUUUAAAAGUGACAGUGACCCUCAGAAGAGUCUAGAAGAGAGAGAGGACUCCCUGCGCCCUUCUGGACACACCUUGCCCACCUGUGGCCAGGAAGCCAGCGAAGUACUGCCACCGCUGCCUGUGUGGGAAGGCGCAGCAGGGAGAACCCCCCACGCCACUGCCUGCAGCCCAGGACCUGCCGUCGGCCCGCAGACGACGUCCUCCUCAGAGGGCCAGCCGGGGAGGAGAGGAGCCAGCCCAGUGACGCCAACGUCUCCGAUAAAACACCCACUGCUUAAGAGGCAGGCUCGGAUGGACUAUACCCUUGAUAUCACCGCUGAAGACCCUUGGGUUAGAAUUUCUGACUGCAUCAAAAAUCUUUUUAGCCCCGUCAUGAGUGAGAAUCAUAGCCACACGCCACUGCAGCCCGUCGUCACGCAGGGUGAGGAAGAUGGGAUUCAGGGCCACCCAGAUGGGACUGUGCCCAAGCUGGACACCACCAGUGGCGGUCCCACAGUUUACAAGUCGGCAGACGGCAGCACCGUGAAGAAGGGUCCUCCAGUGGCCCCCAAGCCCGCCUGGUUUCGCCAAAGCUUGAAAGAUUUGAGGAAUCGUGCCCCAGGGCAGCCCCCAGAGACAGCCUCCCCCAGCCAGCCGACACCCACCUCCAGGGAGCGCCCCGGGCCACCCCUCCGGGCCUCCUCUUCCAUCAAGCAAAGGAUCAGCUCCUUUGAAACCUUUGGCUCCUCUCACCGGCCUGACAAAGGAGCCCAGAGACUGAGCCUCCAGCCCUCCAGCUCCUCCGGGGAGGCAGCAAAACCUCCUGGAAAGCAAGAGGGAGGACAGGCUUCUCGGGCUCCUGGUGUCUCAGGGCGAGGGGCUCCCCCCACCGUGAAGCAGCAGCGGCCAGAGCCAGAGCAGCUGCCCCCAGCCUCCCUCGCAGCCCUGGAGGCCAGCGACACCGGUGUGCCGGCGUCCCCUCCCCCAGGACAGCAGCCAGGUCAGAAAACCCUCUCCUCGGACCCCGACCCUCUGUCAAGGCUGCUGGCGACGCAGAUGGAGGGAUCUCGAGGCCCAGGGGUCAAGAUGCCAAGCCAGCGGGCACGGAGCUUCCCCCUGAGCAGGACCCAGUCCUGUGAGAUGAAGCCACUGGAUGAAAAGACCAGUAAACUCUACUCCAUCAGCAGCCAGGUGUCAUCGGCUGUCAUGAAGUCCCUGCUGUGCCUCCCGUCUUCCGUCUCCUGUGGCCAGACCUCCUGCAGCCCCAAGGAAGGGGCGUCGCCCCCCACCGCGUCCAGUGAAGAUCCUGCCGCAAAUAGUUCUGCUGAAGCUCCUGCCUCGGACACGGGCUUCUCGCUCAACCUUUCGGAGCUGAGAGAAUACACAGAGGGUCUCGGUGAGCCCACGGAAGCCGACGACUCAGACCACUGCGCUCCUCAGUCUGGUCAAUCAGUUAUCUCCCUGCUGAGCUCCGAGGAAUUAAAGAAGCUCAUAGAGGAAGUGAAGGUUCUGGAUGAAGCAACAUUAAAGCAAUUAGACAACAUCCAUGUUACCAUCUUGCACAAGGAGGAAGGGGCUGGCCUUGGGUUCAGCUUGGCAGGAGGAGCAGAUCUAGAAAACAAGGUGAUCACGGUUCACAGGGUGUUCCCCAACGGGUUGGCCUCCCAGGAAGGGACUAUUCAGAAGGGCAACGAGGUUCUCUCCAUCAACGGCAAGUCUCUCAAAGGGGCCACACACAAUGAUGCUCUGGCCAUCCUUCGCCAAGCUCGGGACCCCAGGCAAGCCGUGAUUGUCACAAGGAAGCCAACUCCGGAGACCACACCCGACCUCAACUCUUCCACAGAUUCUGCAGCCUCAGCCUCUGUGGCCAGUGACGUUUCCAUAGAUUCCACAGCAGAGGCCACAGUCUGCACUGUGACCCUGGAGAAGACCUCUGCAGGCCUGGGCUUCAGUCUGGAAGGAGGGAAGGGCUCCUUGCAAGGGGACAAGCCUCUGACAGUUAACAGGAUCUUCAAAGGGGCGGCCUCAGAACAAAGUGAGACGGUCCAGCCAGGAGAUGAAAUCUUACACUUGGCCAGCACUGCCGUGCAGGGCCUCACACGGUUUGAAGCCUGGAACAUCAUCAAGGCGCUGCCUGAUGGACCUGUCACUAUCGUCCUCAGGAGGAAGAGCCCCCGGUCCAAGGGGACCACAGCUGCUGGAGACCCCUAGGCCCAGCGCCAGAGCUGACGCCAGAGCUAACUGCAUGCAGCUCCCCAUAACUGCUAAUUCUCAGGGUCACUGCUAACCCCACCCCGAUGGGGGAAAGCACAGGCGUGCUUCCUGGUGGCUGCUUGCCCAUGUCUGGACGGACCUUCUGGAACAUCACCCAGCAAGCGGGUUGUCCCAGAAAGUUAGGGCAGAGUCACACUGGGGUGGCUGAUACAAACUACAGACUAUGUCUAGAGAGAGCUUACUGAUAAUAUUGUGGUGCUGUAAAUAAAAUGGAUAUAUGACA